UUUCUGCUUUUUGUCGGAGCAUCCACCCACCUCCUGCAACCACAGCUCGCAACUCAGACUUUAGACCGAAAAAACAAAACAAACAUGUCUACUUCAAAUCUUAUUGCCAUGAAGAAAGUCGUACAGCAGUUGCGUUUCGAGGCCAGCAUAAACAGAGUAAAGGUCUCUCAAGCGGCCGCAGAUCUGCAGCAGUUUUGUGUUCAAAACGCCUUACAUGACCCUCUGCUCACGGGCGUCUCAUCCAGCACCAACCCCUUCAGGCCGCCCAAGGUCUGCUCCUUCUUAUGAAACCUCCGAGGCCUAUACUUCGAUGUGACAGGGAACAACGACCAUGACACUGCUCCUCAUGCCAAGCCAUCACACUGCCACGGGACCCGACGGCACAAGACACUGGAAAUGGACCAUCAGCAUUCUGCAGCAGCAACAAAUAAAGAAGACCAUUUUAUUUUUCAUGGCACAGUGUGGUUUUUAGAAGAAAUUGUUGUGCCUUUUCUAUUGUUCUAUUUUAGCCAUCAUUGUUGUAACUUUUUGUAUUUAAUAAUGAAUAAAAACAUUCUUUACUACUCAAA